AUUGCUACAUCGAAAUUUGAACCCACAUAUGCACGUCAAGCAUUUCCGUGCUUUGAUGAGCCUGCUAUGAAGGCAACUUUUGAAAUCGUUUUGGUACGCCCAACUGAAGAUGGAUAUCAUGCGCUUUCCAACAUGAACGAACUGAAAUCUGUAGCCAUGGGAAAAUAUACCGAAACUUAUUUUGCAAAAAGCGUUGCGAUGAGCACUUAUGUUGCUUGUUUUAUUGUUUCUGAUUUUGCGCACAAAACUGAAAGAAUCGAUACGAAAGGAAUUGGAGACAAUUUCGAUAUCCGUGUUUUUGCCACAGCUCACCAAUUGAACAAAGUAGACUUUGCUCUGACCACUGCUGUGGCCAUCACAGAAUUCUACAUCAGCUAUUUCAAAGUUCCAUAUCCACUUCCUAAGUUGGAUAUGGCAGCCAUUCCAGAUUUUGUUUCAAACGCCAUGGAACAUUGGGGACUAGUGACUUAUCGUGAAACUGCACUUUUAUAUGACAGCAGUUACAGUUCAACUUGGAAUAAGCAGCGAGUUGCAGUUGUUGUGGCCCAUGAAUUAGCACAUAUGUGGUUUGGUAACUUAGUUACUAUGAUGUGGUGGAAUGAUUUAUGGCUAAAUGAGGGUUUUGCAAGAUAUAUGGAAUACAAGGGAGUUAAUGAAGUAUACCCCGAAUGGGGAAUGCUCAAUCAAUUCUUGAUACAUGCUCUACAUAGUGUAAUGGCUUACGAUUCUUCAGUAGCUUCUCAUCCUAUUAUACAAACUGUAGAGACUCCAGAUCAGAUUACAGAGAUUUUUGAUACAAUUAGUUAUGAAAAAGGAGCUUCUGUAAUACGUAUGUUAGAGGAUGUUACAGGAGAGAAGUUCGAAGCAGCUGUUACUAGUUACCUAACACAUUUUAAAUUUCUUAAUGCAAUCACGGGCGAUUUUAUAAGAGAACUUGAGUUACAGGAAUUGGAUUUUGAUGUGGAACUUUUUAUGCGCACGUGGACUGAGCAGAUGGGUUUUCCGGUUGUUGAAGUUAUUCGUACCACACCCACCACAUUCAGACUAACACAAAAGAGGUUUUUCAGUAACAUUGAGGAUUAUAAUGCAAUUUACAAUGACUCAGUUUUUAACUACACAUGGAGCAUACCUCUUACAUAUUAUACUGAUCUCGACUCAAGUACUAUUGAACGUAGAUGGUUCAACCACGAUGAGUCUAUUGUGGAAAUAAUGGUUGAUCCAGAAAUAAAGUGGAUUAAGAUAAAUGUAAAUCAAGUGGGCUUUUACCGUGUCAACUACGCUGACAAUACUUGGCAUGAAAUAAUUGCCCAUUUGACUGCCACACCAGAGACGUUUAGCAUUGCGGAUCGUGCACAUUUACUAAAUGAUGUUUUUGCUUUAGCUGAUGCCAAUCAAUUGAGUUACGAUAUUGCAUUGGACAUGACUAAAUAUUUGGAAAAGGAAAACGAUUUUGUGCCGUGGUAUGUGGCGGCAACAAAGCUUCAAUCUUUGCAGGUAAGCUUAAGAUAUACUGAUGCGUAUAUCGAUUACUUGGCGUAUGCUCGAAAUUUGUUGGAUAAAAUCUAUUCACAAGUUACUUGGGAAGUAAAAGAGGAAGACCACUUAAAUAAUCGUUUACGUGUAAGCGUGUUGACUGCCGCUUGUUCGCUUGGUGUGCCAGAUUGUCUCAACGAAGCCGCUACUAGAUUCACCAGUUGGCUCGCAAUACCUGAAGAUAAACCUCAUCCAGACUUACGUGAGAUUGUGUACUAUUAUGGUAUGCAGCAAAUAGGAAAACAGGAACAUUGGGACAAAAUGUUGGAGAUAUAUUUGAAAGAGCAAGACGCUAGUGAGAAGAUCAAAUUGAUGUAUGGUCUGUCAGCAGUACGCAUACCUUGGCUACUAUACAGCUUUAUUGAAUUAGCCGAACAGGAAAAAUAUGUACGACGGCAAGAUUAUUUCACAUGUCUACAGAAUAUCGCUACAAAUCCAAUCGGCACACCUAUAGUAUGGGAGUUCGUACGUGAAAAUUGGUCAAAGCUAGUUGAUCGUUUUGGUUUAAAUGAGAGAUAUCUUGGUCGUAUGAUACCAUCUAUCACACAAACUUUCGACACUGAAACCAAAUUAGAAGAAAUGUCAGAGUUCUUCAAUAAAUAUCCUGAAGCUGGUGCGGGAGCAGCGUCGCGUAAACAAGCUUUGGAGACUGUCAAAUAUAACAUAAAAUGGUUGGCAGAAAAUAAAGAUAAGGUGGCAACAUGGCUAAAUUCUCAAAGAUAAUUACGUACUAAUAAAAAUAUUUUGUGAAAUUAAAAUACAAAACCAGAACAGUAAUAAAUCUGUAUAAUAAGACGACAACGAUUGUGUUUGAUAAAAGUCACUAAUUGUACUAUUUUGGCAAUAAAUUUUAUUUGA